UGUUGCUUUCCUCGCGGAUGAAUCUCGCAGUGAUGGAGCUCAGAGUGGCUUGUUUUCGCGGUCGCCGGAGAUAAAGUGAUUUUAAGGAGAAAUGCGGCGUGUUUCCUGUGCUGCUGAUCUCACACACCGCCAGAUCUGAGCUCACAUUGAGACGAAGAGCGGCGCUGGGAAGUUUAAUGUUUCUCAAGAGCGACGGAAACAGUCCUCCGAACAUCUGAGGAAAUUUCACCGUCUGGUUUUGGCGCAAAGAAUUAGGAUGACCUACAAAUGGUUUCUGUUUCUCCCCGGUGGGCUCAUGCUCCUGAUCUAGGGUGGGGGGGCAUCGCCCCGUUCUGCCAUGAAAGGCUACACCCCCCAGCGCACCCGUCACCCGUCAGACUGCGAGCCGCCCCGUUCUCCCAGUCACCGGGACCCUCUGUACCCCCCGUCUGCCUCCUCCACCCUGUCCCACGCCCCGUUUCUCCUCCCAGCAGCCAUGGAGCAUUACGGGACCCUGGACCCUCACCACUUCUCCCCGUCGCCCGACUGCCUGAUGCCCCUCAACAACCAGCUGUCCUCCAGCAGCACCUUCCCCCGGAUCCACUACAACUCGCACUUCGAUCAGGGCGACUUCGGUCACACAGCCGACAGCAUUGGGGGAAUCAGCUCCGGGACGCUGGGGACGUCUAUGUCCAUGGGAAUGGGUCUCGGAGUGGGACGGACCGCCAUGAUCACCAGCGGAUCCGCAACUAUAUCGGGAGCAGGGAAGAUGAACCGGUUGCCACCCAACCCUCUGGACCAGUUCGAGAAACAGUUGCCAGGGCAACAGGACGGCUUCAGCACGUUACAGUUCCAUCGCAGCACCGCGGUGACGACGACCAAACAGCAGCAACAGCAGCGCACGGACAGUCCGGGAAAAAUACGCUACUUAGUUCACUCCGUCCAGAAACUGUUCGCUAAAUCCCAGUCGCUGGAAAACUCCGCCAUUAAGGGAAACAUGAACGGCCGCAACAGCAGAUCGUCGAGCAGCGAUGACAAACAGCAUCGCAGCAAAAGCAAAGACCGGGCAAAGAGCGAAGGAACGGCCAAACGGAGGCCUCGAUCCAAUAUGUCUGGAUACUGGAGUUCUGAUGAUUUGGACAGUGAUAUAAGUAACUAUAGGAACCCAAAGGCCAUGAUGACUUUGGGUCGGCAAGGGGUGGGAUCCGGACCGGGGCCGGGCGGACAGGUGGCAUCCAGGUACUUCAGUAUGCCAUCCACCGGCGACUGGACGGGGACUCUGGGCCGAAGCGGGCCCAUGGGCGAGAUCCCCUGUAGACGGAUGCGUAGCGGCAGUUACGUCAAAGCCAUGGGCGACCUUGAGGAUAGCGACGACUCCGAAGGGAGUCCCAAACCCUCGCCGAAAUGUGCCGCACGGAGGCAGAGCUACUUACGCGCAACACAGCAAUCACUAAGUGACCAGUUCCCCUCAAGAAACUGUCUUCCUUCUCUGCGAGAGUACUCUGGGAAUCGCAGUCUGGAUAACCUGGACUGCAUCGGAGGCAGUUCUCCGUUCCCAAACUGGGAUGAUGACGACUUCAGUCAGGGCUGCAGCACGCUGGGACGCGGCAGCUGCAUCAGUCAGGUGCGAGACAUGGAGUUGAGCCAGCAUUAUGGAGAUGAGCUGGAGGACAUGCAUCCUCACUCACGAUGCAGCGAUCCUCCUGACAUGCCCAUGCCCUCAUGCUUCCGCUCCCGAAGCCAUAGUUACCUUCGUGCCAUUCAGGCCGGCUGUUCUCAAGACGACGACACGACGUCAAUGGAUUCUGAUUCACCGCCGCCCACGACCACAACGACCGUACGCACCUACAGAAACAGCACCGUCUCCACAUGUAUGACCUCCUGUAAGAGGGUGGCUCCACCUCCUGUUCCCCCUCGAACCACCUCCAAACCCUUCAUCUCCGUCACCGUGCAGAGCAGCACCGAGUCUGCGCAGGACUGCUUCCCCGACCACCACGACCGCAAGAGCGAGGUCAACAGCCAAUCAGGACGCAGCAACUCCUCCGACAGCCUCGACAGCCUGGCCAAAGGGUCACGACCCCAGCUUCCUGUAGCGCCGUCCCGUGAACCCCAGAUCCCAGCGGCUGUGGUCAUCUCUCCCAACCCGCUCCGAGAGUCCCAUCAUGAGCAGGUGAAGGCUGCAGACGAACGCCCUUUAGACCCCGUCCCGCGACGGAAACUCUCCUCCAUUGGGAUUCAAGUCGACUGUAUUCAGGAAAUCCAGGAUAAAGAAGAGACGCCACCAUUGGCCAGAUUCCAGUCGAUCGGAGUUCAAGUGGAGGACGGCUGGACUUUCAGCCGCUCCAGUAGUAUGGCCUCUCGGCAAGAGACGGACUCAGACACGCAAGAUCUCUCGCUCACAUCGCUGACGUUCCCAUCCAACUCCAAACACACCGAGAAGAAAGUCAUGGUCAACAGCGCCAGCCAAUCGGUGGACUCGCCUCCGCAGCUCUCCCUCGACAACGGUAACCAUGACAACGAUGUCGCUGUGAUGACCAGCGGCCCCUCCCGACAGAUCCUGACCCAUCGCUCGACCACACAGAGCAGCUCCUCGUCCUUCUCCGAGAGUCUGGAUCCGGCCCUCGACCCGUCCUCGCUGCCGCCGCCCGACCCCUGGCUGGAGAGCGGGAACGGGACGGGGAACGGAGCCCCUGCCCAGCCGCUGACGGGGGCCACAGCGUGCCGGCGGGACGGUCACUGGUUCCUGAAGCUCCUGCAGGCCGAGACGGGCCGGAUGGAGGGAUGGUGCAGUCAGAUGGAGAAAGAGACCAAAGAGCACCAGCUCUCAGAGGAGGUUUUGGGGAAGGUCCGUAGCGCGGUGGGCUGUGCUCAGCUCCUCAUGUCCCAGAAGUUCCAGCAGUUCAGAGGCCUGUGUGAACACAACCUGAAUGUGAACGCAAACCCGAGACCCACGGCUCAAGAUCUGGCCGGGUUUUGGGAUCUUCUUCAGCUCUCAAUAGAAGACAUCAGCCUCAAGUUUGACGAGCUUUAUCAUCUCAAAUCAAACGACUGGAAGCUGGAAGGAGACUCGCCGGAGAAGCAGCCGCGUGACGUUCAGGAGAACCAGAAACAGGCUCCUCCGGUGCCGAAGAAGCCUGGGAAGAGUACACCCGGCCUGGGCCGAGAGAAGAGCAACGACGCGGUGGACAAACAGAGACAGGAGGCUCGCAAGCGGCUCAUGGCGGCCAAGAGAGCUCAGUCGGUCAAACAGAACUCGGCCACGGAGAGCGCCGACAGCAUCGAGAUCUACGUGCCCGAGGCGCAGACGCGGCUCUGAGGAGACGCACACCAAACACGCUCAAGGGCUCCGGCGUCACACACACAAUACGAAAAGCUGCUUUUGUCUUUUGACGCCGAUGUUUAAUAAAUGCAGGUGAUGGAAACGACGCGGUGCGAACGGAACACUUUUUUUGGGACUGCCAAGGAAAACCUCACAACGAAUCUUAAUAGUUGCAAUUAAUAAUAUCUAGUGCUGUCAAACGAUUAAUCGCAAUCAAAAUAA